AUGGUCGUCCUGUCCGCAUCCUUGACCUCCAAGACGGGCAAGCCGCUGGUUGCUCGCCAAUUCGUCGAAAUGAACAGAAUCCGUAUUGAAGGACUCCUUGCUGGGUUUUCGAAGCUCGUCGACACCAAAAACCAGCAUACAUAUGUGGAAACAGAGGUUGUGCGAUAUGUCUAUCAGCCUAUGGAAGAGCUUUAUCUAUUGCUCAUCACCAACAAGUCUAGUAAUAUCAUAGAGGAUCUGGAAACAUUGAGGUUGCUUGCAAAGCUGGUCCCGGAAUUUUGUCCAAGUCUUGACGAGGAGGGAGUGAAAGAGCACUGCUUCGAGCUGAUCCUCGCAUUCGAUGAAGUUCUGGCGAUGGGCCACCGUGAAACAAUUAACCUCCAGCAAGUGAAAACUGCCCUGGAAAUGGAGAGCCACGAGGAGAAGCUCCACAACAUGAUCAGGCAGAGCAAGAUCAAUGAGGCCAAGGAGGAGGCCAAGAAGAAGGCCGCGGCCAUUGACUCACAGAAGAAAGGCAAGAUGGGUGGAAUCUCAGGCAUGAGCAGCAGUGGAAUCGCCUCUGCCUUUGCGGACGACGAUCGCCGUCCCAUGUACGAUGCACAGGUCAUGUCCACCAACGAGCCUGUGCGCAAGACCGGGCCCCCGAAGGGAAAAGGAAUGCAGCUCGGCAGCAAGACGAAGCAGUCCAACGACGUGCUCAAGGCUCUUGAAGCUGAGGAUGAACUCAUGGGGAUGGUCUCGAAGGCUUCAGCUCCUUCUGCCCAAAGUGGCGGCAGGCAGGCCAGCGCUCCGUCUGCUCUGCAGAGCGUCACCCUCAAGAUCGAGGAGAAACUGCUCGUGCGCCUCACCCGUGACGGGACGUUGGAGAACUUGGAGGUUCGUGGAGAGCUCAAGAUGUGUGUCAACGAUCCGGAGGCUGCGUACACGAGGGUCCAGGUAACGCACAAGGCGUCUUCUGCAUUCCAGUUCAAGACUCACCCUAACAUCAACCGCGGACUGUGGACGGAAGAGAGCGUCCUCUCCCACCGAGACCAGGCCAAGAGCUUCCCUGUUGGGAACGAGCUGGGAGUGCUCAAGUGGCGGCUGCCGUCAGGAUCCGAGUCCAUGCUCCCCAUCUCCGUGAGCUGCUGGCCAUCUGCCGUUGGUAACAACGUGACUGUCAACCUCGAGUACGAAAGCGCCUCCCAUCUGGAAGUGUCAAACCUCAGGAUCGUCGUCCCCUGCCCCUCUCAAGCGACAAUAUCAGACGUGGCUGAAGGAGACGCGAGGUACUUGAGCAAGAACGGGACUGUCGAGUGGAGGGUGGAGCUGGUGGACGACUCGAAUCGGAGCGGCUCGCUCGAGUUUAGCGUCAACGACUGCGACCCUGAGUCGUUGUUCCCGAUCCAAGUCACUUUUGUCUGCAAGGGUAACUUGGCGGAGAUGUCCAUUGCAGGAGUGAGCGACGCGAGAUCGGGGAAGGCUCUCACGUUUUCAGGAGAUCCUCUGCUGGAGGUGGAAGAGUAUCAGAUCCAGUGAUUGAU